AUGGUGCGCGCCCCGUUUCUGGCGUUUUUCGCCAGUACUGUUAGUGCACAGGCCUCAAAUCUCAUAUCAUGUGGAUACAGCGAAAUAACUCUGGAAAUCAACGAGAUACCAGAUGUCUUGAAAGACUAUUCUGUGGACGCAAUUGGAAACUGUCAAGUAGGAGAUGGGAACAUCUUCAAAUUCAUGAAUCAAGACAACAUGGCAACUUGGAGUUAUGACUGUAACUUCUGGCAAUAUGAGACUGAAACUCAUGUUAUCUUUGAGAACACAAUCCAGUGGAAGAAGUCAAACUCGACAGUUCCUGAAAUCAUUUUCGGAAAUCAGUUCGAUACGUGGUAUAAAACAUCAAACUUCUCGUGCAAAUUCGAGAAGACAAUGUCCACAAGCCUCUGUGUCACCACAAAAUGCGAUGAAUGUCAGGACUGUUUCUGGGACCCGGAGAACAACUGCACCUACACUUGCGAUAUUACCAAGCCUUGUAUUUGCGGGCGACCAAAGGCUGUCAUUCUAGAGCCGAUUCAAGGCGACGGCAGUUUUGAUGUCAGAAGUGGGCUGUAUUUCGAUGAGCAUUUGGAGCGGCCGAUUACGGCUGAUGACACGAUUGAAGAGACGGACAGGACUUUUAUUGGCAUCGAACUGGUUGAUAUCCAGAAACCAACGAUGGUCGUUGUCGUCGAAAAACUCUGGGUAACGGCGACAAAGGACCCAGAUGACCCGGACGCAACGGUUCUCAUCAGAAAACUUCAAAGUGGUUGUGCGAUUGUUCAUCCUCUGAUGGAGGGCGGCAAGUAUCCACAGCCAAAUGCUUACGAUGCAGCGAACCCGGAAGAGCAUCCGCACACGGCUUUUGAAAUUGACUUUAUGGGGAUUUCGGAAGGCUUUGUUGAUGUGCCCAACUUUUCGGGAUUCUUUAUCCAUGUUGUAACGAAGGUCUGUGUCACCAAUGGAGAGAACUGUUAUGGGACUUGUACUGACGGGACGAGUUUUUAG